CCCAAUUUCUCCUUGAAAUCCCUAGACAAAAAAAAUCAAAGAAUCAAUCCCAAUUUCUCCUUAAAACCCAUUUUUCUAUCUAAAAUCAAACCCAAUUUCUCUCUAUAAAUUUGUGGUUCAAUUUAAUCAAAGAAUCUCAUCAUGGGGAAGUUUGACAAUCUACCAAAAGAGAUGAUACCAGAGAUAUUGAGCAGGUUACCCACUGAAUCCGUCCUGGAUUGUAAAUUGGUAUGCAAACCUUGGAGGGAUGUUGUCCAUCUCCCAUCCUUCUCUCAAAAGCACCUCAAUCAUCUUAUUUCUGCUGGUGAUGAUUCUGGUUUACGCUUCCCCACCACCACCACCACCCGGUCCGCCCCCACCAAAUUUACAGAUGGGAGCUCUGAAGCAGAAAUGGGCAGCAGAGGAAGAAGAAGCACUCAUAGCUGGUAUCAACAAACACGGAACUGGAAAAUGGAAAAAAAGACGAAGAGAUCCUCAAUUCAGCCAUGUUCUUGCUGUUCGUUCCAACAUUGAUCUAAAGGAUAAAUGGAGGAAUAUGAGUGUAAGUGCAACUGGGGAGGGUUCUAGGCCAAGAGAUGGUAAGGCAGCAGUAAUCAAACCAAAGGUGCCAAAGACUCUAUCUGUCUUUCAAUAUCCUCCUUCAUCCUCUCAAGCUACUGAAGAUGCGAAUGAUAAAGUUUUGGAUCCUACAAAAAACACACCAGAUAGGAAGCAGCCUCCACCUCGGUACAAUGCAAUGAUCCUUGAAACAGUUUCUAACAUUACAGAUCCCAAUGGAGCAGAUAUUGGUUCUAUCAACGACUUUGUUGAGCAAAGGCAUGAGGUGCCAUCUAACUUUAGAAGAUUGUUAAGUUCAAAUUUGAGAAGGCUUGUGGCGCAGGAAAAACUUGAAAAGGUGCAGCUCCUUUCGCAUGAAACUAAGGUCCAAACUUACUACAAGAUCAAGAAGGACGAAACAUUUGGAACAAAAGCACAGACCCCAAAACCAUCACAGGUUUGCUGGCUUCACAUUGUUAAUGGCCUAAAACACUGCUGAUGCUGUAAACAGGUCAUUUCUAGCAAAUGAGGCAGUCAAGGAAGCAGAGAGGGUAGAAGGGAUGGCCGAACAGUCUGCAUGUAUGAAACAAUUUUUUGAAGAUAUAUUGGAGCAAUGUAAGAUACUAGUGUAGCACAGAACAAGGGUAACAGGGAUAGGUUUAAGUUUCGUCAGAAACUUAAUAGAAAACUGAUUCUAGGAUCAAUAUUCUAAGACAAAAGAUUGAUAAACAAACUUGAUAAUAAGAUGUGUCUUGUAAACAAGAGUUCCAGCCUUUAUAUAGACUUACAUGAACU